AUUCCUUUUACAUAUUAAAGAAGAAAAAGAAUCUGAAUGGUUAGUAAUGCAGAAGAAUAGGCUUGGUCACCAUCUUUAUUCUCUAGCGAGACACUACUCCAGAGUAGCUCCGCCUCCACCUGCGUAUGCUGAUCCGGUCAUCCGCGUCUCCAAUAACGUGGCUUACUUAGGCAGUCCAAAACAGGGUCCAAAGCCUCGCCAACUCCUUUCCUUGCCCCCUUUCCCUGGUUAUCCUUUGCCUGGGAAGAACUCUGCCACUGGUCGCAUCACUGCUAUCAGUUGGCUCAAAUAUUACUUCGAUGAAAUUUCAGACUCCGCCAUUCAGUCUCAUUUUAACAAGGGCCUCGUUGAGAUCGAGUCCUCAAAUCGUGGUGCAGCUGAUUCCUUCAUAGAAAGUGGUGGGCAAAUGAAACCCUUGAGAAAGAUCAAGCAUAAUGAGGUGAUGGAAGUAAGGGCAAGAGUUUGGGUACCUGUAUCGAUUGCAGAGACUCGAGUCUCCAAGAUUGACUGUAUACCGAGUGGGACUCUUCAUCCAAAUGCUGAUGAGAUUGACUAUUUGCGAAGACUUGUCAAGUACAAGGACUAUGCUAUACUUGUACUAAAUAAACCGCCCAAGCUGCCAGUAAAGGGAAGUCUGCCUGUACAUAACAGCAUGGAUGCAUUAGCAGCAGCAGCUCUGUCUUAUGAUUAUGAUGAGGGCCCUAAACUGGUGCACCGGCUUGAUAGAGAAAGCAGUGGCCUCCUCUUAAUGGGGAGAACUAAAGAAAGCAUAAAUCAUCUUCAUUGGCUGUUCAAUGACAUAAAUCCGGCAAAAUCCUCCUGUAAGGCUUGGAAUGAUGCUUGUGACGCAAAGUUUCAGCGGUAUUGGGCGUUGGUGAUAGGCACUCCAAAGGAGAAUGAAGGCUUAAUUUGUGCUCCUCUUUCGAAGAUUCUUCUUGACGAUGGUAAGACUGAGAGGGUCAUCUUGGCUCAGAAUGUGGGUUUAGAACCUUCUCAAGAUGCCAUGACCGAGUACCGGGUACUAGGUCCUAUGAUAAAUGGAUGCUCGUGGAUUGAACUGCGCCCACUUACUACCAGGAAGCAUCAGCUCCGAGUCCACUGUGCUGAAGCUCUAGGGACUCCCAUAGUUGGUGACUAUAAGUAUGGCUGGUUUGUCCACCGGAAAUGGAAGCAGAUGCCUCGAGCUGAUAUUGAACCAAGGACAGGGAAACCAUACAAGUUACGAAGGCCGGAAGGUCUGGAUGUUCAGAAGGGAAGUGUAUUGUCCAAGGUUCCCUUGUUGCAUCUGCAUUGCAGGGAGCUUGUCCUUCCAAAUAUUGCAAAGUUCCUUCCGCUGUUGAGUGAGAAUGCAGAAACCCUGCCUCCUGGACUAAGUGGCAAGCCCGAUCUCCUGCGCUUUGUAGCAUCGAUGCCUAAACACAUGAAAAUCAGUUGGAACUUGAUGUCCUCCUAUUUAGUGUAAAUUUCAACUUUGAUGAUCCCAUCUUUACAUUUAACAAUACAUUCUUAGUUCUCAUCAUUUUUCUUUCUUUC